AUGGAGGAUCCAUUUGUCGAUGAUCAAUGUGAUAUCAUGGACUAUUUUGAUGAAGAUUUCACUGCUGCACUUGGAGAAGAUCUGGAAAGCAAUUUGUCUGCUGUUUCAGCCAUGGAAGCUCCUCCAAUCAGUAUUGAAAUCCCAGCACCACAGCAGAAUUCUAAUAGCUGUAACUCGGCAGCCACCCUUGAAAACAUGCCAAAUCAUCACAAUCAGCCAAUCAUCCUUACUUUUGGGAAUCCAAGCACGCCAGAAAUAAAUCCUCAACCAUUAAAUCUAAAGGAUGAUGGAGUAGUGUCUGAGGUUUUGACAUCCCAUGGUUCAUUUGUAAAUCUUGAGGAGGCAGCCCAAAAUGCACGGAAGAAAAAGAAAACAGGCGGCCGGGUUAGGCCAGCAUCGCAGAUUCGUGAUCACAUUUUAGCAGAAAGAAAGCGCCGCGAGCAGCUCAGCCAGGGAUUUGUAGCUCUAUCGGCCAUUGUUCCCGGCUUCAAGAAGGUUUGUAGUAUUUCCAAGAAUCCAAUUUUUUAA